AUGAUACCGGCCAUCCGAUCGCCACCCCGGAAAUCCACUGCAGCUGGCUGCACGCCCUCGUUGUCACCCAAGUGCGGCAACCCAACAGAUCUGCAACAUCCGUCGCCUCAACUUGUUCUUCCGGACGCCGUUCGUCCGCAGCAUGCCGCUACGCCGAUGCGCCCAGAUCCACAGGUGGCGCUCAGCCUUGAGGUGGCAGCCAACCGGUUGAGCGGUGAGUGUGGGUGGGCGAAAACCCACUGGCUGUUAGAAAAGUGGUCUGACACUCGAGAAGGUGAAAAAAAGGGAAAAACGGGCGUCACGCGUGGAGGUUCAGCCGCGAUCCGCUGGGCUGCAAGCAAGAAGAGCAGCAACUCGCGCGGGCCAUGUCUGUGUUCCACCGCAACACCUCAUUUGGGCGGGGCUGCACCAUCUCCACCUGCUCACCACCACUGCAUAUCUCCGGCUCAGCACGAAACCAUGCCGGCGGUCAAGCGCAAGGCCGCCGUGUCGACCGCGCCUUCCGAUGGCGACUCGGACGCCGACCUCGAGAUCCCCACCACCACGCGCACGCAGCCAGCCCGCAAACGUGCGCACAUGGACUCGCUCAACGCCGAAAGCGUGCUUCGCAUCCUACCGCGCACGGCCUUCCUUCGACACUUUCCCAGCCAGAAGCGUCGGUGUUUGGCCACUCUCGCCGGCGAUCUGCCUCCCCAACGCAGUCGGCACAGCGGCGAGCCCGCCAGCUCCGCCGAUGCGAGCUACGCCAAGGCGUGCGUGGGGCUCAGCGACGAAUGGCAUACACUGCACACCAUGCUCAAAGCCACCGUGACGGCGCAGGAGAGCAACAGCGCCCUGCUGAUCGGUGCGGCGGGGGCGGGAAAGUCGCUCCUCGUCGACUCGGUGCUACGCUCGCUCGAGGCCGAGUUCUACCAUGUGCGGCUUGCGGCGAGCGUGCAGAUCAACGACCGGGCGGCGAUGAAGGAGAUGGCCCAGCAGCUGAUCUUGCAGGGCGCUUUUAGCGAGCAGGAUGUUUCCGAUGCCAUGGACGACCCCACGGACGAAGACGAGUCUUCCGCCCCACGGAACGAUCAGGACCAUGUGUUUGGGGGGGAUGGCGAGAGCGAUGACGAGGCGGUGGACGAAGAGGCCGAGAUGCAGCACGAGUUGGCAGGUGCGAUCCUGUCAUCGCUCAACAACAUCAUCGCACACAUCAUCGCGUUGCUCUCCAAUACGGCAAGCAGGCGUGCACGCAAGCCGUUGGUGAUUACUCUGGAUGACUUUGACCUGUUCACGGCACGGCCCAGGCAGGCGUUGCUUUACUGCCUGCUGGAUGCGGUGCAGGCUGCAUCGUACGGCGCUGGUCUGGCGGUAGUGGGCAUGACGAGCAGGGUGGAUACGGUGGAUCUGCUGGAGAAGCGCGUGAAGAGUCGGUUCUCGCACCGGAUCGUCCACGUCAGGCCGCCGAGGGACUACGAUACAUUCGAACAGAUUGUUCGCAAUGCGCUAUCGCCACCCAUGGAGGGGGAUAGCGCGGGGGAGAGGGAGGUGAAUACGGCGUGGGAGGCGGAUAUGAGCCUGGUGCUUUCGCACCCACCUGUGCACGAUGUCCUGCGUGGGCUGUACGAGCUUUCCAACGACGUUCGUAUGGCAUAUCGCAUCCUCCUUCCCGCCGUAGCUGCUACGACCACAAAAGAUCCUUUGUUGGAUGUAGAGGUCCUUAUCGAAACGGCGGCGAUCGAGGUGGGUGAUGGCAUGUCGCACAUCCUUCGCGACCUGACGGAGCCGGAAUUGGCGCUGCUCCUUGCUAUUCGGCAAUUGCAACUUCGCGAUCGGGUGGUGUUUAACUUUGAGAUGGUCUUCGACGAGUUGCGUCGGUUUGCCGCGCGGGAUUCUCGAGACCGUCAAUCUGCCGCCACUUCAGGAUCCUCGGGUUCGGUGGCGAGUGCAUCGUAUGCGGAUCGAAAGAUCGCCCUGUUGGCAUUUCACACCCUGCUGGGACUCGAACUGUUGCUACCCGAGAAUUACGUGACGACGCUGACGAUCAGCAAUCCCGUCGCAAAGCCAAGCGCGACUCCAACGGCGACCCAGACGGGAAGGGCGAAUCAGAAUACCAUCAGGAAGGAGUUUUGGAAGGUCCGUUGCGUCUUGCAGCCCAACACCAUUGCUGCAGCUGCAAAGGAUAGGUCUAGGCCAAUCGCCGUCACUUCGUCGCUCGAGAAAUGGGCUUCGCAUACGUAG